CAUGAUGCAUUAGAGGACAUGUUGAUCAUGUGACACACCAUAUAUGGUAAAACGUGGCAAUUAUAUAGACAUGCCUGUUGUUGUUUUAACGUUUAAUGGAUUCAAACACAAAUCCAUUAUUAGUGUACUAUUGGUGAAAAAGAAGUGCUGAAUCAGCACUAAACUGUUAAAAUGUCGGACACGGGUGGGUUUAGACGACGUGUCCGUGUGAACUUUAUCUGUGACGAGAAAUGAAAACGAAGCGGAUAAGUAUCAGACGUUUUCCUUUCUUCUUCUUGUCUGUGGCGACUGGUUUGUGUCUUCCGCCAUCUAGCGGAGCGGAGGCGUCAUUUUGUCUCGCUGUCUCCGGUGUCUCGGCUCUGCCCCCGGUUCUGUUUAAGAGGGCUCCAUAUAAAGCAGCUGCUUCUGUCUCCUGGUGACACUGAGGAGAGGAGCCAACAUAAACAUCAGUGGAAACAUGGGACGAGCACCUGGACCAGACCUCAAUGCCUCUGCUUGGCUCUGCCCCCGCGUCAACGCCUCCUGUCAGUCUCCGGUCAGGGCAGCGUGUCCAUACAGCACUGCUCAGCUCGUCCUCAUCGCCAUGGUAACCACUUCCCUCAGCUUCAUCACCAUGCUGGGCAACACGCUGGUGAUCCUGUCCAUCAAGGUCAACCGCCAGCUCCGGACCGUGCACAACUACUUCCUGUUGAGUCUGGCGGUGGCCGACUUGAUCGUCGGUCUGCUCUCCAUGAACCUGUAUACACUCUACCUCCUGUGCGGCCGCUGGCCUCUGGGGACAGCGCUCUGCGACAUGUGGCUUGUUCUGGACUGCAUGGUGGCCAGCGCGUCCGUCCUGAACCUGCUGAUCAUCAGUCUGGAUCGGUACUUCUGCGUGACGCGACCGCUCAGCUACCCGGCACAGCGGACAGGCCGGAUGGCCGGUCUGGUGAUCGGGGCCGCCUGGCUCCUGUCCUUCGUCCUCUGGGCCCCCGCCAUUCUGUGCUGGCAGGUGGUCGGGGGCAAGCGAGUCGUUCCCGAUGGGGAAUGUUACACACAUUUGCUGGCCAGUCCCGCUGUCACUCUGGGGACGACGCUUCCUUCCUUUUACCUGCCUGCGUUUGUCAUGAUUGUCCUGUACAGCCGUCUGUCCGCCAGCAGCCGCAGCCGACUGAGCGCACUACGGUCAGAACAAGGGACACUCAGGACGUCCAGUCCGUCCAUCAAAGACUUCCUUUUUAAAAGAUGGAGCUGGGUGACCAGUGACACCGGCUCAGAUGUGUCUCUGAACCAAUCAGAGUCCAGCACUCCAAAGACCAGAAGGAACCACACGUCGUCCAGAAGUCCCGGAGACACAUGCGAACGGUCUCCCCAACAGUGUCACACUCGGACCGUCAGUCGCCUCACCAGAGAUGAAGACAAGGUGGAGAAGGACUCUUCGCCCUCCCUCCACAGGACGGCCUCGGCGGCGUUCUCAGCCUGUUCCAGCUUCAAGUCUCAGGAAUCGAGGCGUCGCCGAGUGAUGGCGAGGGAGAGGCGGGUCACAAAGACCAUCCUGGCCAUCCUGCUGGCCUUCAUCCUCACUUGGACGCCCCACAACAUCAUGGCCGUCAUCGCUGCCUUCUGUCACGUCUGUAUCCCCAAGAGCCUGUGGACCACUGGCCGCUGGCUCUGUUACGUCAGCAGCACCAUCAACCCCGGCUGCUACGCUCUGUGCAACGUCACCUUCAGGAGAACUUUCUGCAGCCUCCUGCGCUGCCGCAGCAGGAAGCUAUGAUGACCGCAGACUGGAGCUUCAUGGACGGUCGUCAGCGCCUCCCUGUGGCCUCACCCUCUCUGGCAACAGUUGGACUAAACCUCUCUUUUCUCCUUUUCCAA